ACAAUGUGGGUGGAGGAGAAAAAGGAAAAUACCACUUAAAUUCUAUUGGUUGUGGGAUUUCUUCGUUUUUUCUUCUUUUUUUUGGUUGCUGUGAUUGGUUGGCAUGAGUGUUCCAGGGAAUCCCUCCAGCCAGUCAUUUAAGCUGUCUGUUAGACUCAUGUGGAGCAGAGAGUCCACAGUCCUCUGAAAAGGAGAGGGCUAUUCAAUACCAUUUCAAAGGGAAAGGUAUCUCAGCCCUUCAACUUGAGCACUAUGGAUUUGACCUCAGGAAUAGAGAAGAUGUGUGUGGGGCAGCAGCCAGUGUUUCCAGUGGCGAGGGGCGCGACGUGUCUGUCAUGUAAAGGGAUCUGCUCUGGAUUCAUCCCACAUUCCUGGAGGAAAGUGUGCACAGUGUGUGGUUGCAGUGUGGAGGACCACGGCUCCAGCUGUGACAUAGACGAUGACCACAAGAUUGGCCGACUCCUGGCCGACUCCAAAUAUGCCCACCUGACCGCCAAGGUGAAGGGCAUCCGGGUGUACAAACGUAACCGUAUGGUCGUCACCAACUCUGUCGUCUCAAAGAAGGACCCCACCUUCAACACCAUCACCUACGACUGGGCCCCGCCAGGACUCACACAGAAACUGGCCAUGCUGUACAUGGCGUUGGUCCCGGAGGAGAAGCGUCCAGUAGCAGGGACGGAGGGAGCGAUGUACCGGCGCAGGCAGUUGAUGAGACAGCUACCUGUCUACGAUCAGGACCCCUCCCUGUGCCACGGGUCUCUGUCAGAGGACCAGCUGCAGGCCAUGUCUGUCUUCAUGAAGCGCUACAAAGAGGAGGCUCUAGGAGUAGGGGAGGUGGCGCUGCCUGGGGAGGGAGGCGCUAACCCUCCGCCCGUCAUCAAAGGACAGAAGAACGGGGCUGUGACCGGGGGACCUAGGAAGGCCCCCAUUAUCCAGUCAGACCCUAACACGACCACCACCAACGGGACAGACGACCACUAUAAGAAGAGUAAAUAUCAUUGCAGUGGUUGCGGAGAGCUCACCCCCCUGGACAGUCCUGUGGUGUAUGCAGAGGGGGCAGGCUACGACAAGCAGUGGCACCCGACCUGCUUUGUGUGUUCAGAGUGUGGGGAGGCCCUGGUUGAUCUGGUAUACUUCUGGAAGGAAGGAGAGCUGCUGUGUGGAAGACACUACUGCCAGAGGACCAGACCCCGUUGUGCAGGCUGUGAUGAGCUGAUCUUCUGUGAGGACUACAAGAAGGGAAUAGACAGUCGGGCGUGGCACCAGGACCAUUACUGCUGCUGGCGGUGUGGACAGAGUCUGGACAGCCCCUGUUCCUGCCCCCAAACACCCUGCACCAGCCCUGUUUAGGUCC